AUGGCCCCUCCUAAGAUCUUCUCCCUCGAAGGCAAAGGCCUCAAGCUCGACACUGCCGAGGACAUCGAGUCCCACAUCAAGCCUCUUGUCGAUAACACUGAUUACACUGAGAUUCGUUUUGGCGGUAACACUUUGGGCGUCGGUGCCUCUGAGCGUCUCGCCGCCGUUAUCGCUACCCAGAAGAGCCUCGAAGUCGCCGAGCUUGCCGAUAUCUUCACUUCCCGUCUCUUGUCGGAGAUCCCUCCCGCCCUGAAGUCCCUCCUCGAUGCCAUACUCGAGAUCCCCUCCGUCCACACCGUCAACCUUUCCGACAAUGCCUUUGGCCCCCUCGUCGAUUUCCUGUCGCGUCACACUCCCCUCCGCCACCUGAUUCUGAACAACAACGGUCUUGGCCCUGCCGCUGGUACCCUGGUUGCCGAUGCUCUGAGCAAGCUUGCUGAGCGCAAGGAGGAGGCCCGCAAAGAGGGCAAGGAGAUUGCUCAGCUAGAGAGCAUCGUCUGCGGACGUAACCGUCUUGAGAAUGGCAGUAUGGAGGCUUGGGCCCGUGCCUACGAGAAGCACUCCGCUGGCAUGAAGUCCGUCAAGAUGACACAGAACGGCAUUCGCCAGGAGGGUAUCUUCCACCUGCUCAAGGAAGGUCUUCGCCACGCCUCUGCGCUUGAGGUUCUGGAUCUGCAGGAUAACACUUUCACUGUUCUGGGCUCUACUGCUCUGGCUAGCGUUUUGGAGGGCUGGCCUUCCCUGCGCGAGCUGGGUGUUGGUGACUGCCUUCUCUCCGCCCGUGGUGGUGUCAAGGUUGCCAAGGCCCUGGCUGCCAACAAGAACCAGAAGAUCCAGACCCUGCGUCUCCAGUACAACGAGCUCAAGGCUGAGAGUUUGAAGGAGCUUACCCAUGCCGCCAAGACUGCCCUUCCCAGCCUUCGUCGUGUUGAGCUGAACGGCAACAUCCUUAACGAGGACGAUAACAACAUCACUGAGCUUCGCGAGCUUCUGGAGGCUCGUCAGGAGGAGCACGGUACCGACGAGGAUCCCGAGGACACCUGGGGUCUGGAUGAGCUUGACGAGCUCGAAGAGGAGGAGUCCGAGGAAGAGGAGGAGGAGGAGGAGGAAGAAAGAGAGCAGAAGGCCGAGAAGGAAGUCAAGGAUACUGAGCGUGCCGAGGAGGAGAAGGUCUCCCAGAAGAUCGAAAAGGCCGUCGAGGAUCUUGCCAACGCUCUGGGCAAGACUGGUCUGUAG